AUGAACAAACAUCUCAACAUCGAAUGGAAUAUAAUUAUAGGACAGCCCUCUGCGAAUAAUCGGGAAAUGGAUAAUAUUCUAAGGAAUACAGAUAAAUCUAUAGUACUAAAAACGGCUAAAGAAUAUAUGCAAGACACAAAGGAAAUACACAACAUUUUCAGUCAUAAUGUAAUGACCAUCAUUUUUCAUGGAGAGUGGUAUUCUGAUUUGAAAUAUGAUAAAAUACACAAUUUGGAAAUAAUAAUUAAAUUGUUGGUAAAAACUUUAAAGUUAAUACAUUUUACUAAUGUAUUAUGGAUUAUUGAUACUGAGAAAGAGCAACUGGAAUAUCUACAUCAAAUAUCUCAACUAUGUUGGAAUCAUGGAUUUGUACGAGUUUUAUUUCUUCACAAUGAACGUAUUUAUACUUAUAAUCCCUUGCCGUAUUUAAAGGUUAUGAAAUUGUCCUCCAUGCAAGAGUUUUAUGACAAAAAGGAUAUGGUAAAUUAUCAUCAACACCCAUUUACAUUUCCAAUAACUUCAAGUCCACCACGCUGCUAUCGUUAUAGAGAUUCUCAUGGAAAUCUUAUUUAUGCUGGCUAUUUUUUUAAAAUUUUAAUCAAUUUUAUUCAACAAUAUAAUUUCAAAUUCAUUGAAUAUCCGAAUGAUUAUAAUAGCGAUAAUAUAAACGGUCUUCUAAGAGAUCUGGCAUUUAGUAAAAUGGAUGCUGUACCAUUUAUGGGCUAUCCCAAUCCAAAUUUUACCGCUUCUGAUGUAUUGGGCAAUGUCAAUGUAGUCAUAAUGGUACCUAAUGCUAAACCAAUUCCAAAGUAUCAAUAUUUUAAAACACCCUUUAAAAAGGAAAUAUGGUUUCUAUGUAUUCUAUUAGUAUUGCUAUGCUCCAUAGUCCCUGUUUCUAUAUUGUAUGUUAAAGGCAUUAAAGUGGAUUUUUCCAAAUCUUUCCUUUACGUCUUAAGUUUGUCUAUAUAUCAACAUCACAUAAAGAUCUUUAAAAAAUCCAAUCUUAUCAGCGAUUCAGUGUAUAUUUGCCUGUUUCUUUAUGGUUUUAUUAUGGUGCAAAUGUAUCUAUGUAAACUAUCCAGCAUAUUAGUAUUGACCAUCUAUGAGCCUCAAAUUAAAACCUUAAAGGACAUAAAUGCCACGGAUUUGCAAUUGUUAAUGUAUAGAAAUGACUUAAUGCAUUUCAUUUCUGUGUCCGCCAUGCCACCAGUUAUUUUCAAACGUAUAAUACUUACGAACGCAAUUGAUGUGGAUGAUAAACGUCGUAGUCUGAACGCUUCUUUCUUGCAUAUGGACUUUGAGGACAAAAUCAAGUUCUUUAUGCUACAACAAAAGUUUCUUAAAGUUCCAUUGGUGCGGAAGAUAAACCCAGUUUUAAUCACAGAACAAAAUUUUUUCACCAUGCGUCAUAAUCUACCAUUUAUUCAAUUAUUUAAUCGUUAUUUGAAAUAUAUGACCGACUCUGGUUUAUUGCAAAAGAUUUUUAAUGACAUCGAAUGGGAGGGCAUACUGAGCGGACAAAUUAGCUAUUUUAAAGAUACUGAAAAUAAUAAUGAUCAUCUUCUAACAUUGGAAUAUAUGUAUGCACCUUUGGUUUUGUAUUUCAGUGGUGUAGUUUUGUCAGUUAUUGCGUUUUUAAGUGAAAUUGUGUAUUACAAGUUUAAAUUGAGAGUAUCUAAAUAA